GAGUGGGUCAAGCCGACUCUCCGCCGCCUGGAGUUCAUCUCCAAACCACCAAAUCUCAUCUUUCACCGGGAGAUUGACUCUCAACGCGUUAAACUGUCAGACUAGAACUUUGACUUUUCUUCUCCUGAACUUUUUUCGCUCUCAGCGGAUGCAGAGAUUACAUGAAAAUAUUUCAGAACGGAUGUUGGAUGGAUUCUUUUUUUUUUGCUUUUGGUGCUUAAAACUUCCAAGUAGGUUAGUGGAGGAAACGGAGGACUGAAUGUCAAAGUUUGUGAAAAUACGGUGCAUGUUUGAGCGUCUGUGAGUGUGUCAGUUUGUGCGACAGAGGAAAGCCUUUGAAAGUUUGGGAAGUGUUUGGUCCAAUGCGUCCGGAGCGACCGGUUAAAGAGCAGGAACAACAACGGAGAACGACACAUAGAGGGGGAGGCAGGAGUUUAGAUCAGCGGGGUCUGCAGCGACUUACUGGCUGCUGGACGUUCAUGUCUCCUCUCCCGACUGGCUCCGAGGUUUCUACUUCCUGUGACAUCAUCACACCAUGCCUGAGGGGUCACGGCGUGGCAGCCAGCGAUCGCCUAGUACCACAGGUAAAAGAGAAGGGGCCGCCAAGCGUCCCUCCUCAGUCUCAUCUCUGAGUGGGAUUGUAAGUAGGAUGAUGUCAUCUGGUGAACGAGGAGCCUCGUCCUCCUCCUGCACCUCCGUCAACACCGUAUGCUCGGAUGGCGAACGCCCCACCUCCCUCUCUCUCUCCUCCUCUGCCUCCUCAGUCUCCCUGCAGGAUGCCUCCCACUCCUCUUCUUCCUCCUCCUCCUCUUCUUCACUGCCGUAUGGCGCAGUGCCGACCUACAAUGCCUCCUCGUCAUCCUCAUCAUCCUCCACGCCAAAGAGGAAUGGCUCAGACAUCAGCCUUGACCUCACUCCCCUCGUCACACCACAUGGCGGAGGAGGGAUUCCUCUGGGAGGAGGAGGUGGUGUUUGUGUUGCCAGGGUGACAGGAGGAGGACACCCCGCUGAAGGACAUGUAGCCAAUGCGAUGGCUGUGGCGACGGUGGCUAGGCCCAGGCAGCUUUCACGGCUGGAGAGAGUGGUGAUGGAGAUCGUAGAGACUGAACAAGCCUACGUCAGAGAUCUGAAGAACAUCGUGGAGGACUAUCUCGGCUGCAUCAUCGACUGUGGAGCUCUGCCGCUGAAGCCGGAGCAGGUCAGCACUCUGUUCUGCAACAUAGAGGACAUCUACGAGUUCAACAGUGAUCUCCUGGAGGAUUUAGAGAGGAGUCCUCACGCGGCAGCCAUCGCUGAGUGCUUCGUAGAGAGGAGUGAAGCGUUUGACAUCUACACACUCUACUGCAUGAACUACCCCAACUCAGUGGCAGUACUGAGGGAGUGCAUGAAGAACGAAAGUCUGGUUCAUUUCUUCCAGGAGCGACAGAUGACUCUGAACCAUUCGUUACCUCUGGAGACGUACCUGCUCAAACCAGUGCAGAGAAUCCUCAAGUACCACCUGCUACUACAGGAACUUUCCAAACACUUUGAUAAAAGUGCCCCUGGAUAUGAGGUUGUUGAGGACGCCAUCAUCACCAUGACAGCUGUCGCCUGGUACAUUAACGACAUGAAGAGAAAACAGGAACAUGCUGUACGGCUGCAGGAAAUCGAGUCCCUGCUGGUGAACUGGAGUGGGCCAGACCUCAGCGGGUUCGGAGAGCUGGUUCUGGAGGGCUCCUUCAAGGUCCACAGAGUGAAGAAGGAGAGAGCGUUCUUCCUGUUCGAUAAGAUGCUGCUGAUCGCCAAGAAGAGGCUCGAACAGUUUAUCUAUAGCACACAUAUAUUCUGCUGUAAUCUGCUGCUGGUGGAGACGCUGAAGGAUCCGUUGUGUUUCAGAGUGUCAGACCAGACGAUUCCCAAACAGCAGCACAUCGUCCAGACAAAGAACCAGGAGGAGAAGAGACUGUGGGUGCACUACCUCAAGAGACUGAUCGUAGAAAACCAUCCUGCUUCACUCCCACAGAAGGCGAGACAGGUCCUGGGAGACAACUUCUGUCAAUCGCCCCAGUUUGACCAGGACAACCUAAAGAAGUCCUCUGCCUCGCCACGACUGGAUGACAUCUACAGCUAUCACAGAGGAAGACGUCAAUCAGGUCAGGAGCCUCCAGAGCUGCUGAUGUACACACCUGAGAAGUCCAGGAAGAGUCUGCCGCUACUGCUGGAGGGAAACCUGCCAUACAGACGCACCAGGAGACAGUCAGGUAGACAGAAACACCUGGGGACAGUCAGGGAGACAGAGACAGAAAAAACAGGAGACAGUCACGUAGACAGAGACAGAGAAACCAGGAGACCGUCAGGUAGACAGAGACAGCUAAUCUAAAUCAACAGUUGAGGACAGAAGUGUCCGUCCUCCACUGAGGACCGAUGCUGUCAGUCAGUGUUCAGCUGUGAAAAGUUGAUGAGAUUAUGAACAUUUUUCCUGAUAAGUGUGCAAAAAAAACUCACAGAAUGAUGACUCACAGAAACUUGGUAUUGAGUAAUAAUAACAACAAAACCUGUCAGGUCAGAGUUUUAACCAUGAGCCAACAGAUCAAACAAAGUCUCUGUUUAUUUUUCAGCUCCAGCUAAAGAUAUUGAAGCAGCGUUUCAUCCCAAUGGUGAGAAUCUGUCUGAGUCAACUUGAGGAUCAUACUAAUGAUAAAGAUGUACUGCACAAUACAAAUUCAACAGACCAACCAGGCCUGCUGAACGGUUGAAAUCAGACAUCACAGAAUAUUUGACACAGGCUUAUUGUUGUUGUGGUGUGGUUGCUAAGAAGUUAAGUGCCUGUCUAAUGAUAACAUCUGUCUCCUAUCUGUCACACUCUUCCUCUCUUCUCCCUCCUGACUUUCCCACCACCCGGGGGAAUCCUGCAGCU